AUGUCGAGUGAUCAAUUUAAGGCCGUUGGAAUUGCCACUGUGAAGGGAAUUGGACGGGGUUCCAAAGCCUUGGGAAAAGCAGGAUACAAGACCUACAAGAAGAACGAAGCAAAGAGGCAAGGCAAAGAAUACGUUGAGCCAGCCAGUGACAAUGAUGGAAAGUCAACAACAACAGACACCGAGAAAAGGGAGUAUGAACCAUAUGUUGCUAGACCAUUGCCAAGUAAGGAAACACUUCAAUCGUAUCAACCUCCACCAAGGAGAAAUGUUGGGGCUUAUAGACCAUCCGAAGGUAAAUAUGUAACUCCUCAAAAUACCCAGAGUACCACACAAACUCAGUCGUAUCAGCAACCACAGCAGUAUCAGCAACCACAACAUCAACCUUCACAACCAUAUCAACAACCUCAACAAUAUCAAGAGCCUGCGCAACAAACUGCAUAUCUGGAUCCACCACAAUAUUUACAACCCACGCAGUCUGUUCUGCAACCAAUGAGUCAGCCUGUCCAGCAAAUGAAUCAACCACCUCCACCUCCUAGACCAGCACAGCCUGCUCCUUCCACUCAAGCAUAUGGACCAAAUGCUUUGAAUACACAACAAGCACACCCAACUCCAUUUGCACAAGCUCAAGGUCAAAACGUUCCGAACCCCCAACAACCACAACAACUGUAUGUGCAGCCAUCUCAGCCCGUUCAGACAUAUCCACAACAAGCUCAACCAGCUCAAGCACAAUUCCAGGAGCCACAAUCACAUGUACAGGGAGAGGCGCCACCACCUGCUUAUGGUCAACACGAUCAAAUUCAGCAAUAUGGACAGAUUCCUGCAUCUUAUGGACAGCAAGCACAAGUACCUGUGUCUCAACCUGUACCGGGACAAGUACAAGCACCUCCAAGCUUGCCUGGUCGAGGUUCAACUAUAGGAGCUUCAGUACCACAACCUCAACCAGCGGUAGGAAACUACACACCAGUCGAGCAACCUAUUAACCCAAGUAUGACACCUCCAGUGGAUCAACAAGACACCAGCCAGACACAAACGGAAAUACCAAAGAGACCGUUACCUGAUCCAACUUCAUUUCCACCACCUCCAACUAGAAGAGUGCAAUCACCUGAUGUUACAGGCUCUUCACAUAAAAGUGGUGCACACUCCAAAGCAUCGCCGAAACGAAGUGAACCACUACAUAGACACUCAAAUGCACGUCCAGGAGAAUCUUCCCCGGCAACUCCCACUGCAUCCUCUAACUAUGCAGAGCACAAUCACCUACAACCACCUGCCUUGCCUAGUCGAACUAGUGCAAACAGUGUCACAAGUGAUGCUUCUACAAAAAAGAAAUUUGAUAUGAAUGCAUUUCCACCACCACCACUGAUUCCACGUCCAACAGUGGAAGAGAAGAAAGAGAAGUAUCACAGGUCUCCUCUGAUAGUGAGUGAUGCCGUCUCUGCAACUAAAGAACUAGAAAAUUUUGAGGACAAUGCCCCACCAAUGCCAAGUAGACCACUGCAAAGAACACCCUCAUCGUCUUCCAUUGUAAAUUCGGUAGAGGAAGCUCCACCAAUGCCCAAAAGACCACUCCAAAGUACGAACUCGGCAUCGUCAAUCCCAAUUUCCACCGGCGAAGCUAAGGAAGCUAUUCAAAAGAAGAAACCACCACCAAAACCAGUCAAAAAAACAAAGAAUUUGUCAGAUAAUCAAUCAGCUUCCAACCCUCCCGAGACUCCUAACCAAGGUGUACAAAGCGAAUUGGAGAAUAUGUUCAAGAGAAUGAAUGCUAACAAAUUUAAUUCAGAGCUGGAGGCGGUGAAGAAGGAACCUCCCGUUGUCAAGCCGAAACCAGCAAAGCAAGUAAGUCCACCACCCGUGAAACCAAAGCCACUAGUAAAACCGAAACCAGAGGUGAAACCCAAACCUGUAGCACUGCCCUCAGGACCUAAGUUAGACAACACAACUCCUGCAGAAUCCUUGGUGGCUGGUCGUGUAGACUCACCUACACCUCCUCCCGUACCUAAACCACGAAACUAUAAACGAGCCGCUGCGCCUAUCCCUACAGUGCAGCAGCAAGGUCCUCCAAAUUUGGAUCUAGAGCUAGGUACUCAAUGGUUUGCAAGUACAGAAGGUCUUGUACUUCCUAAAUCAUUACAAGGUCUCAACUAUCAAACGAGUUAUCUGUACUCGACAUCUGGAGGAUCUCAGAUUUGGAAUAGAGUGGUUACUGUUCGGUUGAAAGAUUUAUCCAUUGUUUCAUAUAAGUUGGUGUGGAAUGCAAAUGAUGUCGCAUCAGUGGCGGUGGCUAUUGAUCGUUUUGCCCCAUCGCCAAUAUCUACAAUUCCUUCCAAGCAAGAGCUUGUCGCUAGUCACGAACAAUUCGGAGAGUAUGUUGCGUCAUGGAGUGAGCAUCACAAAGGACAACAGGUUGGUAGUGGAGAGUGCUGGGAUUUGGCCAAAUUUGCCCUCGAAAAGGGAUGCGGCAAACACGCAUUUGUAUCACAAUACUAUACUCAUGGGUACCCGAUUUUGCAAAUUAAAAACUCGGGCUCGGGUGUUGAAUUUAUCAAUGGUUUGCAACAGUUAGAUGAGAUUAGACGUGGUGAUAUUUUACAAUUCAAAUCGUGUACAUUCUUCAACCCAGUUACAGGAGUCACUCAAACUGUGGGAGCGCCUGAUCAUACCAGUAUUGUUGUCGAAAACGAUAGAACAAGGUUGGACGUUGUUGAACAAAAUGUGAAUAAUGUGAGAAAAGUUAGGGACGGAGAGUACAUUUUGAAGAAUUUGACUGCUGGCGAAGUUUUCGUGUAUAGACCCAUGCCUGCUGAAUGGGCUGGUAGUUUAUAA